UGUGCCCGCGAGCUCCGCCACAACAGAUGGACCUCUCGCGCUCAGCCCCUGGAUCCACGCGCCUCAGCGAUUGUUACCAACGAGUUGACUGAGGAGUUAUCCGUGUGCGGACAGGUGAGCCUCCGUAACGGGAGGAAGAGGAGAGACCUUGCGAAGGAGGUGGAAGAGAAGAACCGUAGAGCCUGCGUCCCCGGGUUUGCUCCCUCCGUCCGGCGACUCAACUAUCACACACUGUCUACACCACGCUCCUCUCAUGCAGACUUAGAAUGGAUAACUCACAUUACGGGGUUCAGAUCGGAGAGAACAAGUUCAUCAGCAAGGUAACAGUCCUCUCACAUCUAAAGACAUACAACCUCUACUAUGAAGGACAGAAUCUGCAGCUCCGACACAGAGAGGAAGAGGGGGAGCUGAUCGUCGAGGGUUUGUUGAAUAUCUUCUGGGGCCUGCGACGACCAAUCAGGCUUCAGAUGCAGGAUGACCACGAGCGUAUCCGACCGCCCCCCUCCUCUACGUCCUGGCACUCGGGUUGCAAUCUAGACAGUCAAGGCUCUCCCAAUAACACAGACGGGCAGCAGGCGACAGAGCAGAGCCCGCCCACAGUGGAAGUGACACCACCUGAAGACCAACCAGAGGACAACGGCGUGAUGGAGGAGCAUACAGACGACGACAGUGAGAGCUCUGCUCAGCUCCUCAGGACGAAGAGUGAUGCCGGGGUGCUAAGACGUGGGCAGCGACGGUCACCGAGUGACCAGAGGAAAAUUAGACGCCAUCGCUUCUCCAUCAACGGACACUUCUACAACCAUAAGACAGCAGUGUUCACUCCUGCUUUUGGAUCAGUGACGAAUGUGCGGAUAAACAGCUGCAUGACCACGCCUCAGGUUCUCCGAGUUCUUCUCAACAAGUUUAAAAUUGAAAACAGCCCAGAUGAUUUUGCUAUAUACCUGGUCCAUGCCAGUGGAGAGCGUGUCAAACUGAAGAGGAGUGACUAUCCUCUGGUGCUGAGGGUGAUGCAGGGUCCAUGUGAGCAGGUGUGCAAGGUUUUCCUCACAGAAGAAGACCUUGGAGAAGAAGUCACCUACGAUGUGGCACAGUAUAUCAAGUUUGAAAUGCCUGUCCUAAAAAGUUUCAUCACCAAACUGAAGGAGGAGGAGGACAGAGAGGUGCAGAAACUCAGGAGAAGGUAUACCUACCUUCGGUGUAUAAUUGAGAAGCAGCUCAGUUGUCUUCCAGAGGGGGCGACAUGUAUGUGAUCUUCACAUCAAACUGUGAAAAAUCUAUCCCACAUCACCACAUCCUGCACCCGGACUGACUACGAACCAGCUGACAAGAACUCAAUGUAUGUGUUCCAACAUGUAUCCUGCUCCGCUGAGCUCAUGAGUCUGCAUGGGUUUCUGUUUUUUAAACCUUCCAAUCAUUCAACAAAACGUACUAAACUUUAACGUGCUAAAACGUGUGCAUGUUUCACGUGCCCCUCUCAGCAAUAGUCCCGAGUUAUGACAGCUCAUACAGUUUUUUAAAAAGUCUUCAGACCAAAUGACUUACUUUUUUAAUCUUCAUGUGUCACUCACAGUUCACGCAGAAAAACAUUCCUCUCCUCCUGAGUCAUUUUUACAGUGCAGUACUUUACUAAAUUAGUUUAAAAUAAGCAGUCCUGUUUGGUCUCUACCCUAAAGUUUGCAAGCUCAUAAAGUUAAAGCACAAAUUCAAACAAUAUGCGGGUCAUUGUAAAGUGCCUGUUUUAACGGUUUCUCAAAGCACAAAGACACACGGUGAAAUUCUGUGUUUUACAAAAAAGAAAAGAAAAUUCUGGAGCUCGAGUGAAUCCACAACCAACCUUAAUGUGAAACAGUCGAGGUCUGAGCAGCGGAAACAAUGCAGGUCCCACAUGAAACUGUGUGCCUUCAUGUUCUGUUGAAGCAUUUGAUUAUACUUCAAUGUAAGAAAUUGAAUUGACUCUCUCUUAAUGUAUCAUGGCUUAGAAGCUCUCAGCAGAGAUUAAUGAAGAUUGUGUGAACAGAAAACCCGUUGAAGUUGUUACCAUAAAAGGUUUUUCUGCAGUCAUUAAGUAUGAAUUUUAAGAAAUGGUUGGAUAUUUUGUGAAAAGGCUUUUGAUAUUUCCUGCCAUGAGUUGGUUGUUUGUUUUUGUUUUGUAAUACCACCAGCAGCUGGUUAGCUUAGCAUAGCACAAAAAGUGGAAACAAUGCAAGGGGACACAACUUACCUGGCUCUGUCUGAAGGUAACUCAACAGAACCUCUACUACUUAUUAUCUAACCGGUUUGAUCCCUUUUGUUUUGAUAUGUUCAAAAUGAGUAUAGGUAUGAUGAGUUCCAGGUAUACAGGGGUUUAUGAGUCAGGCUUUUAGUUUUUUUGCCCGUAUCAUGACAUCUGUUUAAGAAGUGGAAGUGGACGUAUGACACAGAGGGCGCACUCACACUAGGAAGUGUUGAGCACGGAUCAGAGCACUCACACUCACACUAGUCAAACCAACUGGACUUUAGGGGUGAAGCGUGCUGAGGUACAGAUUGCCUUGUGUGAGUGCGCCCUGAAGCUACCUGCUGUCCCAACCAAUGUUCUCGUCAAACUCUGAGCAAAAUGUAAGAAGCUCAUUCUCUUAAAU